UUACAAUAUCAACACGAGGAAAUGUUUACAUUUAGUUAACUACUCUGGACGUGGUAGAGUAUUUAUUGUCAUGGCCAUGGUACAUCUAUGAUUCUAUGCCGUAUGGACUGUCACUAUGGUACAUAUCGUGUUACAGUCGAAAUUAAUAGAGAUGAUAAGAGUGAUUCCAAAGCAUCAUUAUAAUAUAUCAUCAUUUAAUAUCGUAAUUUCACUCUAGCAAAAAAAUGUCCCAACAGUUUCCUUAUAAAGUAGUUAUAGACUACAUCACGGCUCCAUUGCGUCAAAAACUACAAGACUUUCAGACUGUAGAUUUAAAUAUCAAGGAACACAUACAAGCGUUAGAUACAUUACUGCAGUUUGUUUCCUCCUUAAAAAACCUGGACGAUAAGGAGCAGGUUAGGAAAGAUGGAUGCUUUACUGAUGCCCUCCAAGAAUCCCUACUUAUCCUUGUCAGAGAGGUUUGCUUCCCUUUGAUCUAUUAUGUACAAACUAUGCAUAGGUCUGAGAAAAUUAACCAGGAAAGGACCAGGUUUUUUGGCUUGAACAUCAAGCUGGUUUUAACAUGUGCACAGUAUUUAGAGGAGAAUCAAAUGGUGGCCAUGGUGAGCCAGCUGUUUGUCCCCUUGUUCUCAUGCCAUAGUGCCAAGCAAACAAAAAGUCAAGUACUCAAAUCAAAGUUAGAUAUCUACCAUACCUCAAUGACUGAACCUUUGAAUGAGCUUUCAAGUUUAGAAAUGAUUUCUCCACUCCUUAGCAAUAAAGCAUUUUUUAUCAAAUUCUUAAACAGUUUUGAAAACAUGGAUGUGUGGUUAUAUGAACUAUAUGAAGCAGUGAUAAAUACUUCUACUGAUGAUAAAGCCUUUUGCAAAUCUUUUACAUCAAUAGCAAAAAUAUUUUCUUACUGCCCGGCUCAUUUAAGAAAGACGUUAGAAGACGAGGUGUGGUCAAAUUAUACUAAGCCGCUAAAUGGAAAUGUGAACAGCGACUCCUAUUGGAAGUGCCUCUUUGUCUUCUAUUGCCUUAAAGACUAUUUGUUUCCAGUGGAAGGGUUGGAAAAAGAAAAGCUGUGUGCUAAAAUUUGCAGCAACAAAUUCUGGGCUAUAGUUCAGGGAGGAUUACUAAGUCAAGAGCCCAAUCAUAGAAAACUGUCCAUGUAUCUUGUCAAGAGACUUGUGGACACUUGUACUCAAAACUCUUGUACACUGAACACUCCGAAAGUCAAUCAAGAUACAUGUGGUGGAGAUCCUUUAUUUUGGUGGUCACCAUGUUCAAAACAAGAGUUGGUUUCUGUGUGGGAAAAUUUUUUCUUGAUUAUUGAAACACUAGAAGAAAAACAGGUUCAUGUUAUAAAGCCAAUACUGCCAAGAAUGCAAAAGCUUAUUGAUGCCAGUGCAUCGAUGUCAAUAGAUGGGCUUCAUUUAUUACAUUCCUCCUGGCUGAUAACAAUUAUAACUCGAUGUUUUCACCAUGACAGCCAUUUCCUGUCCCGCUGGGGAGCCCAAACUUUGUUAUCCAUGGACUUUGCUAAAGUGCCGUUGGUGAAACACCAACAGUUAAAGUUUUUGUCCAAUGAUCUUUUGGUGUAUUUACAAGAAAACAAAUUGUAUAGCAGGUAUGAUGGCACGGAACUGGGUAUGAGCUCACCUGUCAGCCAGGCUUUAAAAAGUUUUUUUAACAAUCUACUCUCUACACUCACCAAGCAUCAAAAAUCUGAUUACCUCAGAAAUCUUUUACAAAUUGUCUGUGACAACAACUGGGGCUCAAUACCUUUAGUGUUUAUAUUUGAAGGCUUGAGUCAUGUCAAAACUGAGCCAUUCAUUGAUGCAGGGCUGCUUUGUUUAAUAAAGCAACUUCUGCAGUCGUGCUUGGCUUCCAUUGAACCUGUUACAAGGGGAGCUAUUCAGUGUUUCAUUUGUCAAAGUCUGCUUAAUAUGGUGGAUCUGAGCUCUACCAGUCUGAGGGAGUUUUUCAGUACAUUAGCUUUUUUAAAUAGAGAAGAGAUUUUUCAAAGAGGCACAACUCUUUGGGCAUCUGUUGUCUGCUGGAUACAAUCUAGGUCAUCUAGUCUAAUGUCUCAGGAUAAGCUUGUAUUUACUGAGGUGUUGGAUUAUUUAGAAGCUAAAAAUGAAGGGGAUAACUGUUCUGUGGUUGUGGAUGGGUACAGAGUUGUUGGACUUGCCAGGAUGUUGAUGCUGCUAGCUGAAGCUGAAGUGGAGAACACGCUGUUGAUCGAAGAUGAAGUUAAGAAAAACUUAUUGCAUUCACCACUAGGAAGCACAUUGGGUGAGGUGUCCGGCAUCUUACAGGAUCUUAGGACAAGGGCCUAUAUAAAUACAGAUAAAGUCAAGCGAUGUCUGUCAAUGAUCUAUAGUUUAGUGAUGGAAGAAGGAAAGCCUCGCAACAUGGUUGACAUGUUUCUAUGGAGACAUUUAGGUGAACACUUUGAUGAAGUUUCAUACUUUGUGAUGACAAGAUUAUUGGAACAUUUGGUCAAGCCAGAGGAUAUUGAUGAAAUCGAGUUGUACAUAGAUGUUCUCCUUUGUCUGGGUCUCAGAAGUCAAAAGUCAUUGAAGGAGACACAAGUUCUGCUGAACUUUGUUCAUAAAACAUUCUCAGUUUCUCUUAAGGGAGGGAACUCUGAACAGAACUUGGACCUUUGUGAUCUCCAUUGUACUGCAGCAAUGAAGUUAUUGGCUGUUAUUCUGGAGAUAUUGAAAAGUCAAACCGAGGACUUUGCAUUGUGUCCUUCUGAUAUUUCAAGUGCUAUUUUUAGCAUGACAUGUGUGGCAGAUGUACCGCUGCCCUUUGCUCGUAAGAGGGAUAGCAAUGAGAGUUUUACAAAAUCUCAAGUUGGUCGUCUGAUCAGUUUCUUCAUCUCCUGUAAGUGGAAGUGUCAAAAACUCCUAGUGGAGCUCAGUUUGAACAUGCCAACUGGAGACUCUAAGAAUUCUCUACAUUCCAAUCUGAGAUCCAUCCUUGAAGGCGCAAUGGAAGAUAUGGGAUUAGGUUCAGGUGCCUCUGAUGUUGAAAUAUUGCAAACUGUGGAAAUAAUUACAAGUCAGCUCCUACAGGACACAACCACUGCCUCUAGUUUUGUCAAGAUGUUGAAGCUGAGCUGGCUUAAUGUUAUAGAAGAGAAAAAGAAUGCUAAUUACUGGAGGAAACUCAAAGCAUUCAUACCCGUGUUGUUACAUAGGUCAGUUUUUCUGCAAGACAAUGCUGUCAUUGAGGCCAGUGUGAAAGAGUAUAUGGAAAAAUUGAAUGCUUUAAGUGCAGACAAGACUGGAAUCAUGUACUUGGUGUUGGAUCACUUGUGUGAAAGGACUCUAAAAGAAGAUGCUGAUAGACAAAUUGCCACCAAACUCAUCCCUUUUCUGGUUGAAGGUUGCUACACAGGCAGCUUGAGUAAGAGAGGUGAAAGAGUUUGGCUUGAUGUCUGCUCCUACAUUGAAAGUUUGGGGUCAAGCUGUUCAGUAAAUGAGAUCACCUCCAGCAUGUCCAGAAAUGACCUGUUUACUCGAGUUAUAGUUUUAAACUGGCUGUCCACAUUACGACCUUAUGUAGCAGCGGAUCACACAUUUGUUGUCCAGUUUCUGGAGGCUCUGAAAGGGACUUACAUGGACCUGGCAGUGCUGACCACCUACAAACAGUUCUCCAACUCUCUCAGCCACAGACAGAAGCAUCGUAUGUCAUUGGUGUUUCUUCUUUUGGCAGACUUUAUAACAAAGGAUAUAUGUGACAGUUUCCUGCCUGACCUAUGGCAGGCCCUGGAGCUGGAAUGUCACCCUUCAGUUCGUCAGAAUAUUGAAUGGCUAGUCAUGCUGUUAAUGAUUAGAUUUCCCGACAAUGUAAACAACAUUUGGGAAAUAAUGAUCAGGUAUAAUGACAAGAGAAGUGUUUGUUUGUGUUCACUUUUUCUUAUUAUAUCUCACAUCGGACCCAAGUUGCCAGGACAUAUACAGGUGCCUUACUUCAAGAAAGCCUUAUCAACUCUCCUUCCAUGGACCAUGGCUCACCACUACAACACUAGAAUAUUUGCCCAGACUGCUGUAGUUCGACUCUGGGAGCAGGUGCAAAGCCUGAGCUUAAAAGAGGUGGAGACUCAGUACUUUGUGGUGCCAGAAUCUAUUCAGUUCAUGUUCUCCAAUAGUAAUGCCAGUGACACAGUACACAAGCUACUCAACAACUAUAUCUACAGCAGUUUUGACCCAGUUAGAGAUUUUAGUAUGGAAACAAUAUUCUACACACUUCCAAAACUAGCCUGUCUAGCGGAUGAGGAAUGGAUUCGUCCAGAUUACUUUGUGCGCAGGGAUGCAAGAUGGCAGGGAGAUGGUUCAAAAUGUUUGAUUCAACUUUUGAAUCCUUCUGAUCAACUUGCUUUGUGUAAGAAAGGUCCAUGGAGAAGUAAAGCUCAAGCUGAAAAUGAAGAUGACAUUGUGGAAUCAGCUGAUGGAGAUGUACAAAAAAAGAUCAUGCCAUGGAGACAGAUGUCACCAGAUCAGGAAACAGAAGCAGAGCUAGACUUCCAGAGAGUGAAACCUACAGGACGUCUUAUAUUGGUUACAUCCCUUAUUGACAAAGUACCAAAUCUUGGAGGACUCUGUCGCACAAGUGAAAUAUUUGGUGUGUCAGAAUUUGUUAUUGGUAACCUGACCCAUAUUGAAGACAGGAUGUUUCAAAAUUUGAGCGUCUCGGCACAGAAAUGGAUCCCAAUUACAGAGGUGAUGAGACCUAAGCUUCUGACCUACUUGGAGGAAAAAAAACUGGAAGGCUACACCCUUGUUGGUGUGGAACAAACUGCUAACAGUGUCAGCCUGAAAGAUUACAAGUUUCCAGAGAAAACAUUAUUGCUGUUAGGCAAUGAAAGGGAGGGCAUCCCAGUAGAGAUAAUUCAAUCCCUGGACAUAUGUGUUGAGAUUCCUCAACAAGGUGUCAUUCGGUCUCUCAACGUUCACGUAUGUGGCGCUCUAUUUGUGUGGGAGUACACUCGACAACACAUGCAGGAGUCACAAAGCAAUAUACUUCCAAGAAGCAAUGAAUGAUACGUGCUCUACUUUAGUUUGUUGUUAUCAAAAUAUUGGAGGAGGGUAAAUAUGGUGAAAAUGAAUCUUUUGUUACUACAAGAUACCUAAGUUAUUUUAUAUAUAUAUAUCUUGUGUUGGAUAUAACUGUAUGUAUAACUCCCUGCAAUGAGCGGAGAAAAUACAAUGUUGAUUAACGGGUGCCUGUAUUCUAUUUUCAACUAAAUAUUAUAUGUGCUUAAUUAUACAAAUCUUAUGAUUAUUUUUUUUUUUGGCCAAAAGCUUAAAAGGGAAGCAACUCAUCUGAUCAUAUUGAACAGAAAUAUAAUUUCAAGACAUAAUUUAUUUUAAAUUAUGUAGUUCCAAGUAGAUAAUAAGGUCUAUUAUAUACAUAUAACAUGAACAGAUUUAGAUAACAUCACUGGUCAGGGGGCUAGUCUUUCUAUCAGAUGUAGGUCACAACCAGCUGUCAACUGUACAUCAUCCAACCUGCAUACAAUACUCCAAGUAUCAUAACUGAUAUGAUCAUACUUUUACCAUUUUCCCAGCGUAAACUUUUUAAUUGUUUUCCUGAUGAAGGAAGUAAAAAAUGUUAUUUUUAGAAAUAUAUACUUUUGGAUGACCUAUUUUUGUAGAAUUUAUAAAGCUUGAUAAUUGAUAUUUUACAGGAGACAAUUUUAGUGCAUUAUAUGAUUAUCAAAAGUCACAUUUAUAGUUGUUAUUUAAAACAAUUCUCAUAAGAUAAUAAAAUGUAUCUAUAUUCAUCCA